AUGCCGCUCUUCAAAGAAGCCCCUCCCAAGGUCCUCGUGCCGGAGAAGCUGUCCCCGGAUGGCCUGGCCCUGUUACGCAGCUCACUCGAUGUGGAAGAGCGAAAGGGCCUCAGUCCGGAGGAAUUGCUGGAGAUCAUCCCGACCUAUGAAGCUCUGUUGGUCCGCUCUGAGACGAAAGUCACCGCGCCGGUCUUGCGGGCGGCUCGGAACCUCAAGGUCGUUGCACGUGCGGGAGUUGGCGUUGACAAUGUUGACGUCGAGGAAGCCACAAAGCUCGGUAUCGUGGUGGUCAAUUCGCCUUCAGGCAACAUUGGCGCCGCCGCCGAGCACACGAUCGCCUUGAUGAUGUCGAUGGCAAGAAAGAUCCCGGAGGGGUGUGCCAGUCUGAAAGAGGGCAAGUGGGAGCGAAGCAAAUUCGUUGGCGUCGAAGUCAAGGGCAAGAUCUUGGGGAUUAUCGGCCUGGGGAAGGUCGGACUGACCGUUGCUCGGCUGGCCAAAGGCCUGGGCAUGACUGUCAACGCGCUGGAUCCGUAUGCAUCGCCCGCCGUCGCGGCGUCGGCGUCGGUCACUCUCGUCUCGUCCCUCGCGGAGCUCCUUGCGUCGGCCGACUUCCUGACCAUCCAUACGCCCUUGAUUGCCUCCACCCGCGGUAUGAUAGCCGAAGCCGAACUGGCCCAGAUGAAGCCCGGCGCCCGCAUCCUCAAUGUGGCUCGGGGCGGAACAAUCGACGAAGUGGCCCUGUUGGCGGCACUGGAAUCCGGUCACCUAGGAGGGGCAGCCGUGGAUGUGUUCACCUCAGAGCCUCCAGUACCAGAGUCCACGGCAGCCAAGUUGAUUGCCCAUCCACGAGCAGUGGUCACACCGCAUCUGGGGGCCUCGACGGUCGAAGCCCAGGAGAAUGUGUCAGUGGAUGUCUGUGAGCAAGUGCUUGAAAUUCUGAAAGGCUUGUUACCCCGAAGUGCGGUCAACGCCCCCAUCAUUCUACCCGAGGAGUAUCAGAAGCUACAGCCCUUUGUGCGCUUGGUUGAGAAGAUCGGCAGUCUGUAUACACAGCAUUAUGCGACUGCGCCUGGUGGCUCGAUGACUCGAAACACCUUUGACCUCAUCUAUCAAGGCGAAGUUGCGAGCAUCAACAACACAAAACCCCUGUUUGCCGCUCUGGUCAAAGGCCUAUUGUCACCCAUCAGUAGUACCGAGGGCAUCAACAUCAAUAUCGUGAAUGCCGAACUGGUAGCCCGCGAGCGUGGGAUCUUUAUUUCGGAACAGCACUCCCGUGAUCCUUCUGAACACUCCUCCUACUCAUCGCUUGUGACCCUCGUGGCACGACCGCCGUCUCGCGCUUCUUCCAGAGCCCCUGCUGCAACAGACACUGGCGGUGCUCCCCAGGUACAGCACCAACGCAUCAUUUCGGGCACAUGCUCCGGUGAUCAGCCAUUGAUCACCCGCCUCGGCCGGUUUGAAGCCUCCUUUGAGCCGCAAGGAACACUUCUUAUCUGUGAGAACUAUGACUCUCCCGGCAAGAUCGGUGUGGUUGGAAGCAUUCUCGGGCGCGAAGGCGUGAACAUCAAUUUCAUGACUGUGGCCCCGGUGUCUCCUAAACUCGCUGUCGGAGGCAACAUUGAGGAUAUCAAAGCUACCAAAGACGGCCCCGCGAGUGCCGAUCCUGCAUCGAAAGAGGCUUUGAUGAUUCUGGGCGUUGAUCGCGGCGUUUCUCAUAGCGUUACUUCGGAUUUGGUCAAGGAAGGCGGCGUUCUGAGUGCUUGUGCCGUGACUCUGUAG